GCCGUAGAAUAAAUAGAUACGGGAAAACAGUGUAUAUUAGGUCUCUCCUGGUGUGAACAGUUUUUAACCAAAUUGAAAUUACAUAUAGCUAUACAGUAUUCAUACAGUGACAGAAGUCCAAAUUUGAUACUCCGAGAACGUGAUAUUUUUAAAUUAUACCUCUGCCUGAAUAUAUUUGUCAAAUCUAAAUAAAACUCGACAAUUCAUCCAAAGCAAGCAAGCCAGCGAUAUUCAUUCAGUAUAUAACAUUGGCUCUGCCACCUAUUGUCGUUUCCAGUUCUCCGAAUGCCACAUUUCCCGGAAAGACCAUAUCAGCACACACUCCACGCCUCUAACAACUCUCUUUCAGACACAAUGAUGGCCCAAGCUUGCGAGAAUGACCUGCCCGCUUCCACAGUCACAGAUACUACAACACCUACUAAGACCGUUGAUGUGGAGGACAAUGCUGUUGCUGCCACAGCUGGUGUACCUGUAGCCGACAUGGCUCCCAGCGAGCCUGUCGAUGAGUCAGUGUCUGUAUCGGAGAGUGAGGACUGUGUAUCUGAAACCGGUGUGGAGGAGAGCGACACACUAGAAGUGGUAGAUACACCAACUCAGGAACAAUCUGAGGGCAGUGUUGCACCUGUCUCUGAGGCGGAGGUGCAGGCGGUUAUUGCACCUGAGGUGGCUGCAUCUGUGGACUCCACAGAGGUUGUUGAUGAGAAAGCAGACGAGGCUGUUGUUGAGAAUGCAAAGGAGUGUGUAGAUGACGACGUUACCAAGACUGCAGAAACGGCAGCUGAAGUGUCGGAUGAGCGUGAGGUGAAUACAGCUGUAGAAUCAGCGAAUGAUGCAGAACUUGUAGCAGAGGCUGUAGUGGAGGAAUAUGCUGUAGUUGAAGAUACUGUACCGGCUGUAACUGUCACUGAAGUUGUCGACGAUGUUGCCGAGAGCACCGAGAUUGUAUCUGAAGUAUCUGAUGUGCAUGAGGUGGAUGCUGUUGUCCAUUCAGCGAGUGAUGUAGAGAUUGAAGGUGCGGCUGUGGAAGAGGAAGAAGCGGUGGUUGAUGAUGCUGUACCGGCUGUAGCUGUUACUGAGGUUGCACCUGCUGUGGUCGAUUGCGAGGAAAUCGUGGUGAGUGUGGCUGUUCCCGAGAGCGUAGAGGCUGCACCUGUGCCCGAAGAAAAGGUUACAUCUGCACCUGCACCUGCAUCUGAAAAAGAGGUCGCUGAGGUUGUUGCCCCUGUGGAGACUGAGGUCAAGCGUGCGAGCAGUGUUGAGACCGGGGUCACCAGGAGUGACCAAGACGCCGUCAUGGCCAGACAGGCGUUCGAGGCUCAGGCGAAUGAGCAGGAGACUGUCAUGGUCAAGAAAGGUUCGGAACCAAAGAAGGUGUCCCGUUUCGGGGGGGCGGACAAAUGCGCCAAGUGCAACAAGUCUGUGUACGCCAUGGAGAAAACCUCAUGCAAUGAGACCAUCUAUCACAAGAAGUGUCUGCGAUGUAACCACUGCGACAAGAUCUUGACUCUGGGUGAAUACGCUGGCCUAGAAGGAGUCAUGUAUUGCAAGCCCCACUUCAAGUCUCUCUUCGCACUGAAGGGCAACUACGACGAGAGCUUCGGAAAGGAGGCUCAUACCAAAAAGUGGGCCAAGUAAAUGGGCAGUACUGCCAAGACUGAGGAGAGUGUCACUCCCAGUUGGAAAAUUGGCUAUUUUGUAGUACAUGUAGUCAAAUACCCCAUCUUCUAAUGGAAUAAACCAUCAGUCGAUGCAAUAAACCAUCCAUUCAAGGAAUAAACUUAUCAGUCGAUGAAAUAAACCAUCCAUUCAUGAAAUGAA